AUGAGCACAACAAACAAUCCACCAAAAACUUCACAAGAAAUUCUGGAAAGUAGUAAGUGGAGGGACGUAACACAAUUCCUCCGUGAUACAACAAAAGAUGAAUUCGAGGAGGGAGAGAUGGUUCACGGACCAGGAUUUAAUUUAUAUGAUAUUUUGAGUGCAACAGAGAUGGGAGAUGAAAAGAUGGAUACUUUUCUCAAUGGACCUAACAAGGAAUAUAUUUAUUGGCCAAAGGAUAGACUUUCAAAAGGAAUUAUCAAGCCUAUUUCUACCUUGAAUAUUAAACAAAUUUUAUUCAUGAUGGAUAAGUUAUUAUGUGGAGUGUUUACUUGGUAUGAAGGAUGGUCAUUGAUUCAAUCAAUUUUAACUUGUGAAUAUAUUCACCAUAUGGAUCAUGUCUCGGAAGCAAGUAGCUAUGAAGAUAGAAAGAAUAUUGUUAAAUAUUUCCAUGCACUUGCUUGUGGUGUGUUAUCUGUCAAGGAAAAAUUGGAAAUUGUCAUGUCAAAAGCUUUGUGUAGAGAACAAGAGGAGUUCUCCUAUGAUUCAUGUGGAUUGAGAGUUGUAGCAGAGAAGGAAUCGAUUGUUAUGGAACGAUUGGAGAGUUUGGAAAAGGAACUUGGCUCUCGUUUGGAUUAUUUAACAAAAAAGAGUACACAAGUUGUCUUUGAGCCAAUUCAAGAAGAUGGUGCUAUUGAGGAAACUAUUGUAAAGGCAUUGCUGUCUAGAAUUUCAUUUAUCAAGAAUUUCUUGAUUAUUCAUAGUUCAAUGAUUAGUGUUGUUUCACCACAAGUUAACAAUUGUAAAAAAUCAAUUACAACUUGUCUUGCUCUAUUUACACAAAUUAAGGAUGAAAAUACAUUAUUGGAAUUAAAUAGUCAUAGUGUUGGAUUCGAUAAACAUAUUGCCUUGAUUGGAAAUUACAUCUCUCCACUUAAAGCUAUUGAAAUUUUCAGUAUGGAGACGUCACUCGAGAUUGCUACAAACUAUUUAAAUGAAAUGAAUUACGUUUUGGGAGUUAGACAAGUCCAAAGUCUCAGUCAAUUAUUGCACUUUUUCAGAAAUUUCUCCUUCUCAAAGAAAGCAGAAAACUCUGUUGUUUCUAGAGCUUUCCUUUACUAUACUACACUCCAGGAUGAUUUAAUCUUUGGAAAGCACAAGCUUGGUGAUUGGAUUGAAAAGCAUUUAGAAACUGAAGUGAUUUGUCUUACCGAAAAACAUGCCCAGGAAAUCAAAAAGCAAAAGAAGACUCCUGAUAGAUUGUAUCAAGAAUGGCUUGCUGCUCUUUCCCACAUAAUACAGAAAAUAUUGAAUGCUUAUUGUAAUAACAAGUCGAGAUUGAGAAGAAUUUUCAAUAACUGUAUUGCUGACCUAGGAUUGGCUGAACAACGAGCAGAACAAAUUGAUGUUACCUGGAUUGGAAUUGAUCUAUUCUCAUUCUCACUCUUCAUGAUUGAUUACAUUAUUGACAUUAUGCAUCAAACUUUGGUAGUUGGCUUUGAUUUGGAUAUCUAUCAUCAUACAGAAAUUGUGCAAGUUGCUUGGUAUAUUGACUACAUUACAAAGAUUAGAAGUUCUAAUCUGGCCAAAUUGUUUACCGAUGUUAAAAAGAAAAAAUCUGGUCCAGUCAAUUUGAAUAGAUAUCAAUUAUAUGCUAGAACCUUAACAGAAGUUCACAAUUUAUUCUACAGAGGAUUAUUUAGAUUCCUUAUGGCCAUGCAUAAGAAAGGACUUUACACUAACAUUAGUGCAGAAACUGAUUAUCCACUCACAUCAGACGAACUUCGUUUUACGAACAGAUUUAGAGCAUUCUUCAAUACUAUGCAACCUCCACCAGUUAGUUUUGAAUCAUAUACUAGAGCUAAUGAUUUAUCAUUUGUUGGUGAAAAGGAUUUGUUUGAUUCUGCCAAAGAUCAUUUCGAGGCAACACAAAAGGCCAUUGAUAUGGUUUUGAAACAAGAUAUCAAACUUUCACCAUCCGAAAAACAAUCUUUAGAAUUAUUAUUGAAAGUAGCCAAGACUAAUGCAGUUUCAGUGGUUGUUUGUUCGAGGGUUCCAAAAGACGAAACUCAAACAAGUCAAACACCAUUCUUUGAUUUUUCAAUUUCUUCCCAAUUCCCUGUUGUGAAACCUCCAAAAAAGAAGUAA